GGUACAGCUGGGGGGUUAAUUUCAGUAACUUAGUUUGACGUGUCGAUAUCACAGCCGAGUGACGUUGGUUUCAUAAGGGAGGCUGCGUUUGGAAGAACUGAAGAAAAAUUUACAUUCCUCAGAGUUAAAGAUGACAGUAGCAAAAGAAGUUAUUCAUAGUAAAGAAAAUAUUCUUCAGGAGAUUGAUCAAGAGAUUCAAGUGGCGUAUGAAUAUCAUUUAAAAAAUGGUUAUACCCCAGAAGAAAUUCAAAAAGCUGCAAAGCCUCUUUUGGAACCUCUUCGUCGGGGAAGAUAUAAAAAGCGUCUAGUUUUCCUCGUUAAAGUUACUUUAGUUUUACUUGUUAUUUAUAUGCUGCUUUCUGCGGAUCCUGUUUACCGAAGACUUUGUAUGUAUGGUAGAUUGUUUUUGUUUCAGGUUCUACCAUUUUGGGAUUGGACAGAAAUGUAUUACUCCUCCUGUUUCAUUUAUAACCCUUUCUUUUCUAAAAACAAGCUUACAGAAAGUGACUGUCAGGUGUGUGAAGAUAUUACAGAAAUUGAAAGAUUCAAUCAAACAUCACCUGAUGAAGUGGCUGAACACCUUUUAAAGAAUGACAUACCUUUAAUUGUAAUGGAAGGCACCAACAACUGGCCAAUCAUGGAGGAAACGUUUAGUCUUGCUAAUUUGAGUGAGGGCUAUCUUGAUGACCCUCGAAUAAAUAGCGUAGGAGUCUGCAUGUUCCAAACUAACUUGCGAUUUCAUACACCACAGAAAUUUCUACAAAAAUUAAAACAGAACCCUCACAUGGACCGGUGGUAUGUUCAUUGGGAAAAUUGUGAAAAGGCUACAGAAAAGUUUCUCCGGAAAUUUUACCGAAGACCCUACUUUAUACCUCCUAUGUUAGAGAUGAUACAAUCAAAUUGGAUUAUGAUGUCAUUUAACUACAAAGGACGGCUUUACAAGAAGAUUCAACCACCUACCAGUACUACAGUAAUGUGGCUAGCUCAGGUGCGAGGCUACCACCACAUUAGGCUGAAACCUAAAAAACCAUGUAACAAUUUAUGUGAAAAUCUAGAAGAUGUUCUUGAAGAAGGAGAUGUUUUAUUAUUCCCUGUCACCCUGUGGAAGUUGGAGUACCUACCUGGUGAAAAAUCAGAAAACUUGGCAAUUGGUGGAGGAGGGUAUUUUCAAUAAUGAAGGAAAGAAAGCAUAUUUUGUAAAUGUUGGGAUAAAUAUUCUUGUAUCUGUGCUACACUUGAUUCUUCUUGUUCUUUGUAACUUGUACUAGUACCAGUAAGUAGUGAAAUAUUUAGCUAUUUCUGAUGUUUUUAGUAAGCAUAGAUUAAAAGUGAAGUAGCCUGUUAUGAUAAAUACCGAUAUUUUUGGUGGUUUUGUCUGUCUGAAUGGGAAAAGUUAAAUACCUAUAUUUUAAAUAAAUGGAUAAGUUAAUGAAUUGAGAAAGUUUUUUAAAUUUGCUGUAAUGUUACUGUAUUUUAGAAGUGUGAAGAUCUUCAGAUAAUAUCAUGAGGUGUUUUUUAUAUUAUAUAUAUAUAUAUAUAUAUUGUAUACCCUUUUGUUUAUUGUUUAAAU